AUGUACCAGGAGAAGCAAUCCGCCAAGCGCCGCCAAACCAAGGCACUCUUCCGCCCCUGGCUGGACAACAACAGCGAGGCAUCCCCACUCACAGCCUGUCCACCAGAGUCCGCUGCUCCCGCCUUGGGUCCCACCUUCAGGCCGACACUCGCUGAGACGCCCCGCCAGCGCAGCCCCCGGGAGCACCAGCGUCGAGAUCGCAGUCUCCAGGCCAGUCUCCUCAGUCGCCGGGCCGAACAGGCACAGGCGCAGUACCUCGAACUUAUGGCCGUGCUGGAGCAGCAGGCUCACACGAAUCUCUACUACCGUCAGCUGCUGCCUCGGCAACAUCAGCAGUUUCUCAAGCAGAUUGCCCUCGACCAGCAAAUGCUCGCAAAUGGAGCACAGCAAUAA